AUAAAGCCCAAAUACAAGCGGCUAUUAAAGUACAAGGAGAGGUUGUGAGGAAACUGAAGGCAGAGAAGGCGAACAAAGAACAGUGAUAGGGUUGCUCACCACUUUUCUCCUGUUCUUCCUGCUUAUUGUCACGGAUCCUGCCCAUCAUCGUCACCCAUCACCUCCCAUCGCUGCUGUCACACCGAACAAUGCAACACUGAAAACUGGCUGAUGACUACACCUUUGGAAUAACUUCAUGCUCUCUCUGUGGACCUAAACUGUUUUGGAAUGCCUUAAUUCACUUCUACAAAUGGACUAACUGACCGGACUUUGGACUGUGCUGGACCAUACCCACUGUACAUAAAUGAACUUGUAUAUCGUUUUGUGUUUAUAAUUGCCUGUUUUUUUGGGGGAAAAUGACUGCGCUUGGGUUGGCCUCAUCACGUCUGUGUGCUGGUCUUUUGGGCCGUCGCAUCCCGACGUAUCUGCACUCCAUGCGUGUCCUGUCUGGAAUGACCAUCGAUCAGAUUGACGAAGAAGUUGCCAAACUCUUAGAACUGAAGGCUCAGCUGGGAGGAGAUGAAGGCAAACACCAGUUUGUUCUCAAGACUGCAAAGGGGACCAGGGACUACAACCCCAAGCAGAUGGCCAUCAGAGAGAAAGUCUUCAACACCAUUGUCUCUUGCUUUAAACGCCAUGGGGCUGAAACCAUCGACACACCUGUGUUUGAACUUAAGGAAACAUUGACAGGGAAGUAUGGAGAAGACUCCAAACUCAUCUAUGACUUAAAGGACCAGGGAGGAGAGCUGCUCUCUCUGCGUUAUGAUCUCACUGUGCCCUUUGCCCGUUAUCUGGCUAUGAAUAAAAUCACCAACAUCAAACGCUACCACAUUGCCAAAGUAUACCGCAGAGACAACCCAGCGAUGACGAGAGGCAGGUACAGGGAAUUCUACCAGUGUGACUUUGACAUCGCCGGCCAGUACGAUCCUAUGAUUCCCGAUGCCGAGUGUCUGAAGAUUGUCCACGAGAUCCUCAGCGAGCUUGAGCUUGGAGACUUCCGCAUUAAAGUCAACGACAGGCGCAUUCUAGAUGGAAUGUUCGCCGUGUGUGGGGUUCCUGAUGAGAAAUUCCGUACCAUUUGUUCCACGGUGGAUAAACUGGAUAAGAUGGCAUGGGAAGAUGUGAAGAACGAGAUGGUGAAAGACAAAGGUUUGUCAGAGGAAGUGGCCGACCAGAUAGGCAACUACGUCAGCAUGCAGGGUGGCAUGGACCUAGCAGAGAGACUCCUUCAGGACCCUAAAUUGUCUCAGAGCAAACAGGCGUGUGCCGGCCUGAUGGACAUGAAGCAGCUCUUUAGUUACCUGGAGCUCUUCCAAGUUACAGACAAGGUGGUGUUUGACCUUAGUUUGGCUCGAGGUUUGGACUACUACACUGGGAUCAUCUACGAGGCUGUGCUUAUGCAGACGCUACCAGCGCCCACCCCUACCUCCCAGGAACAGAACGGGGCGGUGGGAGAGGACGCUGGCGUCAGUGUGGGCAGCGUGGCGGGCGGCGGGCGCUAUGAUGGUCUGGUGGGCAUGUUCGACCCAAAGGGAAAGAAAGUACCGUGCGUUGGCGUCAGCAUCGGCAUCGAAAGAAUCUUCUCUAUUAUGGAGCAGAAAGCAGAGGCAUCGGCAGAGAAAGUACGCACCACAGAAACUCAAGUGUUAGUGGCCUCAGCCCAGAAGAACCUUCUAGAAGAGCGACUCAGACUAACUGCUGAACUGUGGAAUGCAGGGAUCAAGGCUGAGGUAAUGUACAAGAAGAAUCCCAAACUGCUGAGUCAGCUGCAGCACUGUGAGGAGACGGGCAUCCCGCUGGUGGCCAUCCUGGGAGAGCAGGAGCUCAAAGACGGCGUGGUGAAACUCCGCACCGUGGCCACCCGCGAGGAGGCCGAUGUGUCCAGAGCAGAACUGGUCAACGAGAUCAAAAAGAGGACCUCAGAAUCUUAGAGAUGGCUACCCGGAGACCAAGAAUUACCACGCACCAAAUAAGCCACAAACCAUACAGUUCCUCAUCGAUAAACUCUUUCAUCAUAAUAUAUGUAUAUUGACAAAGGAAUUAUAGACUUUAUACCACAAUGUCAGCGUGCUGAGCCAAUGAAGGUUUGCCUGUCUAUAAUAAAACGUGCUUGAGCAGUCAGUCCCUCCAAUAAAAGUCAUCUUGCUACAGGA